AUGGCGCGGCGGCGGCGGGGCGGCAGGUGCCGGGGCGGGCGAGGCGGCGGUCCCCCGACGGGGCGGGCGCUGGCGCUGCUGGUGCCGCUGUGGUGGCUGUGGGCGGCGGGCAGCGGCGCGGCGCCGGUGUAUAACCUCAGCCUGGCGGUGGACGAGGGGCUGCCGGCCGAGACGCUGGUGGGGGACAUCCGUGCCGGGCUGCCGGCGGGCGCGGGGCCGCCGGGGGGCUUCCUGCUGUCGGAGGGGAGCGGCGAGUCGGCGGUGCUGGCGGAUUUCCACGUCCAGCCGGAGACCGGCAUCAUCCGCACGGCGCGGCGGCUGGACCGGGAGCGGCGGGCGCGCUACAGCUUCGCGGCGGCCACGCUGCGCGGCGAGGUGGUGCAGGUGGAGAUCGCGGUCACCGACGUGAACGACCACCCGCCGCGCUUCCCCCGGGACUGCCUGCGGCUCAACGUCUCCGAGCUCAGCCCGCCCGGCACCGCCUUCCGCCUCCCCGCCGCCCGCGACCCCGACGCCGGCCGCUUCGGGACGCAGGGCUACGCGCUGCUGGAGGAGGGAGGCGCGACGGCGGAGCCGCCGCUCUUCCAGCUGCGCUACGGGCGGCCGGAGCCGCUGGAGCUGGUGCUGCUGCGGCGGCUGGACCGGGAGCGGGCGGAGACGCACCAGCUGGUGGUGGAGGCGUGGGACGGCGGCAGCCCGCGGCGCAGCGGCCGCCUGCGGGUGUGGGUGCGGGUGCUGGACGAGAACGACAACGCGCCCGCCUUCACCCGCGCCGAAUAUCGGGCGCGGCUGCGGGAGGACGCGCCGCCGGGCACCGUCGUCUGCCGCCUGCGGGCCACCGACCCCGACCUGGGCGCCAACGGGGAGGUGCGCUACGCCAUUAACCGCCGGCAGAGCGACCCCGACGGCUACUUCGCGGUGGAGGAGCGCAGCGGCGUACUGCGCCUCCGCCGCCCGCUGGACCGGGAGGCGCGGGCCCUGCACCGGCUGGUGGUGGAGGCGCGGGACGGCGGCGCCCAGCCCGAGGUCUCCAGCGCCCUCGUCUCCGUGGCCGUGCUGGACGUGAACGACAACCGCCCCGCCAUCCGCCUGCUCUACCUCACCGAGAGCGGCGGCCCGCGGGUCUCCGAGGGGGCGCGCCCCGGCGACUACGUGGCCCGCGUCUCCGUGUCGGAUGCCGACGAGGGCGGCGAGGCGGCGGCGGAGGAGGAUGGUGGCGGGGGCAUCGCGCUGGCCCUGCUGGGGGGCGAAGGCGCCUUCGCGCUGCGGCCGGCCGGCGCCGGCGUCUUCUUCCUCUGCGUGGCGGGUCCGCUGGACCGCGAGAGCCGCGACCUCUACGAGCUGCGGCUGGUGGCCACCGACGGCGGCGCCCCGCCGCUCUCCGCCGAGGAGCCGCUGCUGCUGCGCGUCGCCGACCUCAACGACGAGGCCCCCGCCUUCCCGCAGCCCCACUACCGCGCCGCCGUCUCCGAGGCCGCCUCCCCGGGCACCGCCCUGGACCGGGAGCGGCAGGCGGCGCUGGAGCUGCGCGUGGUGGCGCGGGACGGCGGGCGGCCCCCGCGCGCCGCCGCCUGCCGCCUCAGCGUGCGGGUGGAGGACGCCAACGACAACGAGCCCCGCUUCGAGCGGCAGGUCUACCGGGGGAGCCUGCCCGAGCACGCCCCGCACGGCCGCUGCCCGCUGCAGGUCAAGGCAACAGAUGCAGAUGCUGACCAGUUUGGUGAAAUUGAGUAUUUUCUGUAUGAUGGAUUUCAUUACUAUGAAAAAUCCAAAGCCUUCCAGAUUGACCCACGUACUGGUCAGAUCUGUGUGUCUCAAGACAUUGACAGAGAAGGAGAUCCAGCCACUUAUGAUCUCUUAGUAAAAGCUACAGAUGGGGGUGGGCUGAGCGCCCAAGCUUUUGUUCGCAUCGAGAUAGAAGACAUUAAUGAUAAUCACCCUGUUUUUGAACAAGCCACCUAUGUGACGAGCAUCAGCAGUCACACACAGCCAGGAACAGAGAUCAUCAAUGUUGUUGCCACAGACAGAGAUUCGGGAAUAUAUGGCAUUGUCACAUAUGAACUGGUCCCGGGAGAAUUUUCUUCUCUUUUCACAGUGGAUACAUCCACAGGAAUUAUUUACCUGAUCUCAGCACUUGGCCACCUGGCACGUUCUGCCCUCGUCCUGACUGUUUCUGCGCGGGAUGGGGGUGGCCUUCCCUCUGCCACCAACGCAGCUGUCACAGUCAACAUCCUUCAGAGUGCUUCAGCCCCUGCCAUAUUUGAGAGAUCCCGAUACACUUUUUCAGUUCCCGAAGACGCACCUGAAGACAGCCCAAUUGGCACUGUCAAGGCCAGAGAGCCCCCAAAUUCUUUAGAAGUGGUUUCUUACAGAAUUUCUUCUGGUGAUCCACAUGGAAGAUUCUCUAUUGAUCCCCAGUUUGGUAUCAUCCGCACCAAAAAACAGCUUGACCAUGAAACUCAGUCUGUUGUGGUGCUCACCGUUCAGUCACAGCUGGGUAACUCCCCUGUCUACAGUAGCACCCAGGUCAACAUCUCUGUGAUAGAUAUUAAUGACAACCCUCCGGUAUUUCUUACCCAAUCAGAUAAGGUAACUAUUUCACAUACCCAGCCUCCUGGCACUGCUGUUUACAUUGCUCAUGCAGAAGACAGAGACAGUGGCCUAAAUGGGGCAAUCAAAUAUAGUAUUGCAAGCGAGCAGUCAAAUGCAUUCAGCAUUGAUCCAAGCCUUGGAGUGGUAAAUCUCACCAGGACGGUGUUUGCGGAUAAGCAGCAGGAAUACACUCUACACAUAGCAGCUGAAGACUGUGGAAGUCCUCCCCUGACUUCUUCGCUGAUGUUGACGGUGAUUAUUGAAGAGCAGAAGUUGGGCCCUACUUUGGUUUUUCAAAACUUGGUGUAUCAAGUAGAAAUCAGUGAAGCUACGUCUCCAGGUGCCCAAAUCCUUCAGGUUCAAGCCCACUCACUUGACCCACAUAGCGUUACCUCCAAGCUGAUGUAUUCCUUAGAGCCUAGCACAGAUUCUGUUGCAUUUGGAGUUUGCUCUGUUACUGGCUGGAUUUAUCUUCGGAAACAUUUGAACUACGAAUGUGCACAGAUACUAAGUUUUAGAGUCGUGGUCAGCACCUCUGAGCAUGAGAACCUCAGACAAAAUGCAAGUACAUCAGUAAUAGUUAAUGUCCUGGAUGAAAAUGAUAAUUCUCCCAUGUUUAUGCGCGAGAGCUACUUCUUUGAAAUGGAGGAAAAUCCAAUUCCUAGGGGUGUGGUUGGCACCAUUACAGCUGUUGACAAAGACUCAGGAAGAAACGGACAACUUUCCUAUUUCCUCCUGUCUGAUGGAAAGUAUUUCAAGAUUAAUUCCAACACAGGUGAAAUUAUAAACUGGGUUGCAUUAGACCGUGAAAAACAAGCUCACCACCAGCUGACUGUGCUGGUGACUGACCACGGGUCCCCGCGGCGUAACGCCACAGCAGCCGUGUACAUUGCAGUGAGGGACCUGAACGACAACGAGCCCCUCUUCCCCCAGGCAGCGCCCGGGCAGGAGCUGCGCCUCAAGGUUUUGGAAGGACAGCCACCAGGAACACUUAUUACCACCGUCUUUGCAAAAGACUCUGAUUCUGGAAACAACAGUGUUGUAUUAUAUUCAAUAGAAUCAGAAGAGGACACAGGAUACUUCCAGAUUGAUGCUGUCAGCGGGGAGUUAAGAACAACCCAGUCUCUGUCACAUGCUGAGAGAUCAGACUACAGAAUGAUGGUCACAGCCAGGGACCAGGGGAUGCCUUCACUUCAAGGACAUACUGCUGUUUACAUCCAGGUAAUCCCACUUCCCAGUGGAGGAUCUGUCUUCUCUCAAGAUUUCAAGCACUUUGUAGUACUUGAAAAUAGUAAACCUGCACAAGUGUUGAAUUCUCUGAAGUGGCCUGAUAAUCAUCUAACAACUAACAGGAAACUGCAUUUCAGUAUCGCUAAAGAAGAUGAUGAUGUUCAUUUUGAAAUAGAUAGCUUCACAGGAGACCUUUUUCUUUCCAAGGAACUUGACUAUGAAACAGCUUCGCACUUCCUUUUGCAAGUUAUUAUAAAGGAUUAUAAUAAUAAUCCUCCACAGAAUAACACUGUCUUCCUAAGUAUCGAUGUGGAAGAUCAGAAUGAUCAUUCUCCGUAUUUUCAAGAUGACUUUGUAGUGAUUGGUAUAGAGGAAAAUGUACCUGUUGGCACUCUGGUUUACACAUUCAAUGCAAAAGAUGGAGAUGGCAGUUUUCUGAACAGCAAAAUACAAUAUUCCCUAGAAAUGAGUAACGUGGAUGAAAAUCCAUUUCUUAUUCACCCUUCAUAUGGCACCUUGACCACAGCUUUUCCACUAGACAGGGAGAUUACUCACUCUGUGAUCCUUACAGUGUCUGCAGCAGACCAGGCAAUAAAUCUGACUGAUCGCAGGCUUGAUUCCCUGGCUGUGAAAAUUGUUGUUCUAGAUAUCAAUGACAACAGUCCCAGUUUUACAUCUUCAUCUCUUUCCUAUGUCGUGGAGGAUGUGGAGGUGGGAUUCUUUGUGCACCGCAUAAUUGCAAAGGAUCCUGAUGAGGGAAGAAAUGGAGAAGUUACAUAUCACAUUCUUUCAGGCAAUGAAAACAAAGCAUUUGUAUUGGAUAAAAUCACAGGACUCUUAACUACAGCCCAGCUUCUGGACCGUGAGAUUCAGGAUCGCUACAGUUUGACAGUCGUAGCUCUUGAUGAUGGCAGCCCAGCUCUCUCUGCCACGCAGGUUCUAACCAUCAUUGUUCUUGAUGUGAAUGAUGAGACACCAAUAUUUCUGAAGCAACUCUAUGAGACUGCAGUUCGUGAAAACCAAGAUCCAGGGGAAUUUGUUGUUAAGGUGGAAGCUGUGGACAGAGAUGCAGGACUGAAUUCCUUGCUUCGGUAUGAAAUCUUACCAGGAACUGGUUAUGAGAAAUUCAAGAUGAACCUGGACAGUGGAGAGCUCAUAACAACUGCAUCACUGGACAGGGAAACCGAGGAGGUUUUCAGUAUUAAAGUUUUGGUUCGAGACAGUGGAACCCCAUCACUGUCGAGCACAGUGACAGUUAUCUGCACAGUGCUGGAUGAAAAUGAUCACUCUCCCACGUUUCUUCUUCCCACCUCUGAGAUCCAUAUCCCAGAGAACCAACAGCCUUCUGUCAUUUAUGUUACCCGGGCUAUCGAUAUGGAUGCUGGCAAUAAUGGAGCUCUAAGAUACAAAAUAAUUGGUGGAAAUGUUGGCGGAUACUUCACACUGAAUAACACUUCAGGAAAACUGCUGGUCACUCGUAGCUUAGAUAGAGAAGAUGUCAGCAAUUUCACUCUUGUAAUUGAGUGCCGUGACCUAGGCAGUCCCUCAAGAAGCUCCACUGCACAGCUCUAUCUAACAGUCUUGGAUGAAAAUGACCACAACCCAUUGUUUGCAAAGACCCAGUAUCAAAUCUCUGUGAGAGAAGACCUAGAGGAAGGCUCAGCCAUCCUGGACCUCUUUGCUUCUGACAAAGACGAUGGCCUGAAUGGUGAAGUUACGUAUUCCCUCAUUGAUGACACCUUCGGAGCGUUUGCUAUUGACAGUGUAACAGGAUCUAUAGUUACUACAAAGGCACUGGACCGGGAGACCAAAUCCCAGUAUACGUUUAGGGCUGUGGCAAGUGACUGUAGCACCCAUUUGCCGAGAAGCACCACUGUCAGUGUCGUGGUGCACAUUGAUGAUGUCAAUGACAAUGAUCCUGUUUUUUUUCAGAAUCCUAUCAGGGCCUUUGUGCCUGCUGAAACCCGUGUGAAUGAGACCAUAGCCACUGUGAAAGCAGAGGACAUGGAUCUGGGACCAAAUGGAGCUGUUGUUUUUAGUUUUAUGAUAGUGGAAACUGUAUUUCAGAUCGACACGAAGACAGGUGACAUCAUUCUUCAGGAGCCCUUGGCUUCCAAGGACUUCAGUACCCAGCUGCUAGUGAUGGCUUCAGAUCAAGGUAUCUCACCUCGAACAGCCACAGCCAUGGUCAUUAUCUUUACAGAAGAACAAAAGGAGGAGAUUUCAUUCAGCCGUAGCCUGUAUGAAGCAAGUGUGCCUGAGAACAGUGCAGCAGGUACAUCACUUCUAACAGUAGAAGCUUAUGAACACGAACUUACAGGAGAAAACAUAAAAUACAGCAUCUUCAGUGACAAGGAAAACAUAUUCUACAUACACCCCACUACAGGUGUAAUCACAGUAAAAAAGCCAAAGUCUCUUGAUUAUGAAGUUAAGAAUAAAAUACAUCUUUCAGUUUUGGCUGAAAAUAGCUUGAAUUCAGCACUCUGUGGAGUGACAGUUUUGAUUCAAGAUGUGAAUGACAAUGUACCUAAAUUUGAGCAAAGCUAUUACAAAGUAUCAGUAUGGGAAGGCGAAAGUCCUAAAACAGACAUUUUACAGGUAUUUGCAACUGACCUUGACAGUGGGCUGAACGGAGAAACUGAAUACUCAAUUUUAUCUGGUAAUGAAAAUGCAACAUUUCUAAUUGAUUCAGCACGAGGGAUUUUAGCAACUAAUACAGUCCUAGAUCAUGAAAACACUUCAUCUUACAGGCUGGUUGUACAAGCUGCUGAUAAAGGAAACCCCAGACUUUCUGCUACAAGUAUUGUGAGGAUACAGGUGGUAGAUGUUAACGACAAUGCUCCAGUUGUCCAACCACUAGGUGAAGUGGAGGUCCCAGAAAAUGCCCUGCCUGGUUUUAUAGUGACUCAGGUGUCAGCAAGUGAUGCGGACUCCAGGCCAGCACUUCAGUUUGGUUUUAUUUAUGAUGAUAGUCCUGGAAUGAAAUUCGCCAUUGAUCAACACACCGGUGUAGUCACAGUGGUGGAACCGUUAGAUUUUGAAGAAACUGUUGUGUAUAAGCUAAGAAUCAUCGUUUCAGAUUCUGUACACCAAACAGAAGCAGAACUUACCAUCCUUGUUUUGGACGUCAAUGAUAACCCACCAGUGUUUACUCAGGAUUCGUAUCAGGUGAACUUGCCAGAGCUCAUUUCUAUGGAUGCCAUUGUUCUGACAGUCUCUGCUGUGGACAGGGAUUCGAACCAUAAUGGAAUGAUUUCCUACAAAAUCCUCUCUUCCUCCGAGGGAUUUUCCAUUGAUCACAAGAAUGGUUCGGUGUUUACUACAGGACCAGUGACACAGCUGGAAAAGAUUUCCAUUAUUCAGCUCCUGAUAGAAGCCAUGGAUGGUGGCAGUCCCGCUCUGAGUGCAGUUACCUCCGUAGAGGUGCAUGUAGAAGAUGUAAAUAACUAUGCCCCUCAGUUCACAAGAGUUCUGUACAAUCUUAGUGUGAGUGAAGAUGCCUCUGUUGGAGAAAGUAUCCUCAUGUUUUCAGCCAUCGACUAUGAUUGGACACAUGAAAACACAUAUGUUGAAUACUCUAUUAUUGAUGGCAAUGCUGAGAAUUUAUUCUCUGUGGAAACAAGUGUCGUGGAGUCAGAAACAUCCUACAAACUUGUUGGCAGUCUUGUUUUGAGCAAUGUUCUCGACAGGGAAAAGGCUUCUUCUCACCGUUUGGUUCUCCUCGCCUCUGAUCAUGGAACACCUUCCUUGAAUUCAACUGCUACUGUGCUAAUAACUGUGCUGGAUGUUAAUGAUAAUUCUCCAGUAUUUAGCAGCCCAGAGUACCAUAUUCACAUCAAAGAAAGCAUCCCUGUAGGCAGCCAUGUCACCGAAGUUUCAGCAAAUGACCAUGAUGCAGGCACUAACGCAGAGAUCACUUAUGCUAUCAUCUCUGGAAAUGACAGGGGACAUUUUCACUUGGAUGGGAAAACAGGAUCAGUGGAUUUGAUGAAAACGCUAGAUUAUGAGGAUACCAUGAAAUUCACUUUGGUCAUCCAAGCCACAGAUGGAGGAACUGAUGAAAAAAAUGUGGCUUUUUCUGUUGUUCUUGUUAACGUCCUAGAUGACAACGAUUAUGCUCCCCUGUUUUUGUUUCCCAGCCUGAGCUGCAUUGUCAGUGAAAAUCUUCCUACCUUUUCUUUUGUGUGCUCUGUUAAUGCACUGGAUUUUGAUAAAGGCCCCUAUGGACACCUUACCUACUCCAUCCAGUCUUCAUGUUUGGCUCAUCGUGAAGCUCCUAGAGACCAUGACAUGUUCUUCAUUGAUCCUUUGACAGGAGAUAUUCAUACAAAGCAGAUGUUUGACUAUGAAAGUCAGAAUAGGUACUGUCUCAUAAUCCAAGCAAAAGACAAAGGUGACUCACUGGCCACUGUUACAGUUCAGGUAGAUAUUGAGGGGAGAGACGAAUUUGACCCAAUUUUUACACAAGAUCGGUAUUUCUUUAAUCUCCCUGAGAAGAACGAAGCAGGCCAGUUGCUUGGCAGAGUGACAGCAUCAGACAGUGAUGGUGGACUGGAUGGAGUCGUUCAUUACUCCCUGCUAAAAACUUCUCCAUUCUUUUCUGUGAAUCAAACCAGUGGUAAUAUUUAUUUGACUCGGACUGUUCACAGAAUGAAAAAUGGCAGCAAAAGGAGUGAUGACACUCUGGAAUUGUUGAUACGAGCUCAUAGCCCCAAAAUUGAGUCAAAGUUCACGGUAUGCACUGUUUUGGUAAAUGUUUCCGAUUCUCCUGAGAGUUAUCCCAUAGUGUCAGCACACAGCCUGACCAUUAGCGUUUCCAUCUCCUCCAUAGUGUUCCUACUGCUUGCGGUCAGCCUUAUUGCACUUAUUCUGAGCCAGAAGAGGAAAGAGCUGAUGAACUCUUGUGUGAGAAAAGAAGCAGUAUCCUCCUCAGCUACUGAUGUGAAUUCAUCCAGCGAAGACAAGGGCUGCCAGAAAAUCCAAAGUACUGAGAGCAGUAUGCUUCCCAUGGGUGCCAUAGCAGAAUGGCUGAGCCUAGCAGGAAUCAGAGAGGGGAAGGAUGACGGUGUCCCCUGCAGGCAUUCAGACUCCAGUGGCCACAGUUCUGCUGAAGGAGAAACUGCAGAGGACGAGGAAAUCAAAAGGAUCAAUGAGCAUCCUUGCAGAAAGAGUGCUGGCUCAGCGCUGAGCGAGUGUGGCUCACGGGUGCCAGAUUCGGGCAUCCCAAGGGAGUCUGAUCGGCUCUCCUGUCAGUCUGGAGAAACAGAUGUUGUGACUACCAUGCAAAGCAUGGAGAGCAUACAGGCCAUUAAAGGAGAAGGUAGAGAAGCCUGUGACACAGCCUACUCACAUAAAACGUUGUCUCAAGCACUAAAAAAAAUUGGAAUAAAAGAGAAAGACAUAAUGACAGACCUCACAAGAGAAUACAUCUUCGUGUCAGAUAGGCAGGACUCUGGGUAUGAUUCACUUGCGACUCUUGGCACCUCUGAUGAGGAUCCCCGAAGUGGUUAUAACUGGGAUUAUGUGCUCAGCUGGGAACCCAGAUUUCAAUCUCUUGCCUCAGUGUUUAAUGAUAUUGCAAAACUGAAAGAUGAAAACAUACACAUUCAUAGCUUCCCUAAUGAGAGGAAAUCUCUUGUUUUCCCUCCUCCCUUGAUAACUUCGGUAGCUCAGCCUGGCAUAAGGACAGUGCCACCACGAAUGCCCAACAUAACAUCAGGGCAAACAUUUAAAAAACACCCUCGUUCUCCCCUUAUUCAUAAUCUCAGAUACCCUCCACCAACCAUGACCCCUAGUUUUUCUCCUUCUCUCUCUUUACUUACAGCGCAGACACCUACAGCUUCUCCAGUAAUGUCUGAUGGGAAAAUGAUAGGAACAUGUCUUAUUGAUCCAAGCCACGAACUUGCAACAGAGGAAGAAAUACAAGUCUAGGUUAUUAACUGACAAUAGUUUAUGGUAAAAAAUAGGGCUUAAAAUGUAUUUUGUUAUUGUUUAACAAGCAAAAUAUUCCUGUCAGAGCUAUAUCACCAAUAUUCUUUCUGUUUUCAUUAGCUGGAAAAAUUAAAAUAUCUAAUAGCCACAAACUUGGUAACUAUCUGGAUUGUUCUUCCUAGAAUACACCGUGAGGCCAUGUUGUUGGGAGCUGUGGAUUCCUGUGUAAAUUACACAGCCAGGUGCCUGAUAACCAGCUUUAUCAAUUCCACUGUUUUUCUCAUAAAAUAUGUCACUAACAAAUAAAUGGUAGCAAUUCUUUACUGUGGAAAAACAUUAUUAGCAUGCUGGUGUGUUCUUACCGCUUCUGUGGUGGUAUUAGAAGAGGGUACUAGAGGGACCUAUAGAUAUGGCAAGAUUGGGGAUGGGCAAAGGAUAAAGCAAGGAUUCCUGUUGAGCUCUUUCUUGAGUGUUUGCCCAGACUUUGCACACCUCAGCCUCCGGGUCUCAGCAACCUGUUGGGCCUGCUGCAGUUCUGGCAUCUGCUAUUAGCUGUCUUUGUGCUGCAGAAUCCCACUUAGCAGUUUCUGUGCGCCUUUCAUUUAUCUCCUGGUGUAAAGCCAGUGAGUCAUGAUUAUCAUAUUAUUAUGAAUAAUAAUGGAUCACCCUUGGAAAACAGAAUAACCAGUGAUAAGAUAAAAGCAACCAUCUUCUCUCUUACUAGAUCUAAAGUAGAUACUUGUUGUCCUUCUGUCCUAUUACAGAAGCUGUCCUGGUCCCCAGACAGCUGUAGGAACAGACGGUGUCACAGUUCUGAAGGGCUUGUAUGCCUCCACCCCGGUCUUUGAUCCUGUGCUGGGCAUAUUUCUGCAAGACCAGAUAAUCUGGCCUUGUUUGUUGUAUGUAUCAUACAUACGGCAUUUUGUGUAUGUAUGUGUAUACAGAUACACAC